AUUUUAUUGUGUAAAUCCUCGGAUAGAAAUGUCGCAUGAAGACGCCGAUUUGGCCGUGGCCCGCCGCCUCCAAGCCGAAUUCGAUUCGGAAAUCAGCUCAUUUCUGCCCCCUGACACUGACGGCCCCGCCCACGGCCCCGCCCAUUCUGCUUCGUCGGGGAUAUCCCAAUCCGAUAGACCUUCAGAAGUGGAGACUGAGUGGUACACAGUCAACAACCACCCCACUACCUGCCUCCUCCCCUCCCGCCUUAUCCCACGCCUCCACGCCCGAAAGUUGAUGUCGGCUAUGAAGGACUACCCCCAAUCCAUGUCAGCCUCUUCUAACGAGAGCUCCCUAAUCGCACCUGAAUGGGAAGACGUGGACCCGACGCCGGAUUUGCACGCUCUAUUCUUGCAGUACAAUGACCGAUUCUUUGACGGCCGUUUGAGUGGAUGUGAGGUCAAAUGGUCGCCCCGGAUGACCUUAUGUGCCGGAUUAUGCUCGUAUCAACGACGGGCUCGAUAUUGCUCUAUUCGUCUUAGUGUUCCCUUGCUCAAAUUGCGACCUCGAAAAGAUUUGGUGGAAACGUUGCUCCAUGAGAUGAUUCAUGCCUUUCUAUUUGUCACGGAUGGUAAUGAUGACCAUGACGGCCACGGUCCGGCCUUUCAUGAGCACAUGUUCCGGAUUAAUAAGGAGGCGGGCACCAGUAUCAGUGUUUACCAUAAUUUUCAUGACGAGGUUAACUUUUAUAAAACUCAUUGGUGGAAAUGUGACGGGCCUUGUCAAAAUCGGAAACCAUUUUUGGGUAUGGUUAAGCGCUCUAUGAACCGUGCACCCGGUCCCAAUGAUCGAUGGUUUGCCGCACAUCAGGCUACUUGUGGCGGGACUUUCAUCAAAAUCAAAGAACCCGAGGGUUACGGUCAAAAAAAGGCUGGGCAAAAGCGGAAAUCCCCUGAAGACAACCAAAAAGACAUACGCUCAUUUAUCAAGGGUAAGGAAAAUGCUCGCAGUCCGUCCAGCAAUGGGGUUCGUGGGGGCGGCGAACGUGGGAACAUCUUUGGAUUCGGAGGGUCCAGUUUUAGCGGUGUAAAUCAAAGUGACAGUCGUGGUCUUAAGACCAAGGGAAAGUCCGGUGCCAUGGUGGUUAAUCCAGGUUGGAAAAUGCCAAAGGACAAUUCGAAUCAUGGAAAUGUCAUUGUGCCAAAAGGGACGACCACGGCUACGGGUAGGCCGGUCAACUCCUCUUCCAUCUCAACGUCGCCUGAAUCUCACCAAAUCUCGUCCAAUUUGGUACGUCAACAAAUGCGCGAGUUUUGGAGCAAGAAGUCGAACGUGAAAAAAAAUGCAACCCCCGAUCACGAUUUGCUGAAAGAUCAAGCCGAACCAAAAUGCACCGAUUGUCCUGUGUGUGGAGAGAAAGUGCUCAAUUCUGUGAUAAAUCAACACCUGGAUGAUUGCUUGACUCAAGAGAGCCUCAAAUGUGAUUCAGACUCGAAAAUUUGCCCAAAAUGUCGCAGAGAAGUCUUCAAAGAUGAGUUUCCCUUUCACAAGCAAGUGUGUUUCUAAUAAAUGAAAGAUAACCCUGAU